AUGAGUGUCCCACGAGCUCUGCGAUGCCUGACGAGGCCACAGUGGCAUCAUGAUGUUGGACGCAUAGUGCAAGUGCCUCGUAACCCUCGGACGCCGAUUCGAACCAUCCAUCACCAGAAACCCGCUGCCGCCCAAGCAUUCGCCAACCAACCCAUACAGGAAGAUUUGCCUGCCGGCCCAUCCAUUUCCAAUCCACAACAGCUCUCCUUUCCCUGCCUCGACAACGCCGAAGACCGCACCCGCCAGCUCUCCAACAAGAAGCGCUCGCUCUCUGGCCCCGAGCCGUCCUACACCAGCGGCAAGCACGAGACCUUUCACUCCGACGCGCCCAUUCUCCUCGACUGGGGUGGCGUGCUGCCUUCUUACGACAUUGCCUGGGAGGCUUGGGGCACGCUGAACGCAGAUAAGAGCAAUGCUAUUCUACUCCAUACUGGGUUGUCGGCGAGCAGUCAUGCUCACAGCACCGAGGCCAACCCCAAGCCGGGCUGGUGGGAGAAGUUCAUCGGGCCGGGAGCGCCUUUGGAUACGGAAAAGUACUUUGUCAUUUGUACCAAUGUGAUUGGGGGUUGCUAUGGAAGUACGGGACCGAGCAGUGUCAAUCCUGCGACGGGCGAGCAUUAUGGCACCAGCUUUCCUAUUCUCACCAUGCAGGAUAUGGUCAGAGCGCAGUUGGCGCUGCUGGACGCUAUGGGUAUACAGAAGCUGUACGCAAGUGUGGGGAAUAGUAUGGGAGGCAUGCAAUCUCUGGCACUGGGUGUAUUGAACAACGAGCGUGUGGGCAGGAUCGUGUCAGUAUCGGGCUGUGCGCGAAGUACACCAUCGAGUGUGGCUAUGCGGCAUUGUCAGAGGCAGGUAUUGAUGAACGAUCCAGCAUGGGCCAAGACGAGAGGCAACUACUACAAUAGCAUCCCACCGCACACAGGCAUGAAACUGGCGCGAGAAAUCGCUACAAUUACAUAUCGAUCUGGACCGGAGUGGGAGAAGCGUUUUGGUAGGCAGCGAGCAGAUCCAAGCAAACCUCCCGCUCUCUGUCCGGACUUCCUCAUCGAGACAUAUCUGGAUCACGCUGGCGAGAAGUGGUGUCUCGAAUACGACGCGAACAGUCUGCUGUACGUCAGCAAAGCUAUGGAUCUCUUCGAUCUAGGCAAAGAGCUACAAGACGCCACUGCGAACCGACGAGCUGAGAAUGCAGGCAAGCUCGAGCAUGGAUUCAAAGAGGCACAAGCACAACAAGAUCGAUGUGCCCUCAGUAUUCCCGAUGAGCCAUACGAAGAGCAGGAAUCAUCUGCCGAAAUCAUGGCUGCCUCGACCUCCGAUCCCGCAGCACGUGGUCCGUCAACUUCAGGGCCACCUGAGGACCUGGUCAGGGGCCUUGCGCCAUUGCGAGACAUUCCCACACUUGUUGUUGGUGUCGCCUCUGACAUUUUGUUUCCAGCAUGGCAACAACGCGAAAUUGCAGAUGCACUCAGGCGUGUGGGCAAUCGUAGCGUAUCCCACGCAGAGCUCGGCGAAGAUCGAUCUUUGUUUGGCCAUGACACGUUCUUGCUGGACUUGGAAGGCGUAGGUGGAGAGAUUAAGCGCUUUCUGGGUUGAGAAUGGGAAUAGGAGGUACCUACCCAGCGAGUAGCAGCAUGUGCUGAAUUGCUACUGCGAUCCCAUCCUGCGAUGCCGAGCGUGAGAUGCAUACACGUUCAUCGCCGGCACGCAAUCGGAACGCGUAGCCCAGAAUCGUUCCUUCAGCUCACGCAAGGAUCGAAAAAGUGGGGACCUCUGUAACUUUGGGGUCAGUGAUAGGAGGUACCUACUAUGUACGGAGGUACCUACUAUGUACGGAGGUACCUACUAUGUACCUACCUUAUCUAAGCCUUGAAGCAUCGUCUGGUCGAGGCAAGGGCAAGGGCAAGAACUGCUCAUCUCGCUGACCUCCUGAGCUGGGUGCCCGCCGCGGCAGAUCAUGCCUGAAGUGCUACCAUGCCGAAUUUCGGGAUCUUACGGCAUUCGGCUCCGAGCCAUGUUGUAUACAUGCCUGGUGAUCGACGAAGACGAGAAAUUGUUUGUCUCGGCUACAUCAGCCAUUCGGUGAUAGCUGAAAGGUGCCGAUCCGGAUGAUAGAGGCAGCUCCAGUCUCCGACACUCAGCACACCCAUCUACGGCUAAGGUACAUGUACCUUACGGCAGAGGGUCUCUGCAGCUCACACCGGUGCUGAUGACAGUGGAACAACAGCUAGAGCACAUGCCAAUCUUGUCAGCAACCUCUGAAUCAAGGAUAUAGAUGACAUACUGCAUGAUUCCAUCUCACUCAGGAUCCUCCUCCACGUCAGCACUGAUCAACCCCAAGAUAGGAAGCCGAACGACACAGCGAGAAUAUCUUCUUGCCUUCCGAUUGGACUUCUGGAUACCCACAUACCUACCUGCCGAAUCCAUCCCGCAGUCAAAUAAUCAGAAUAACAGAAAAAAAGAAAC